UCAUUUCUUCGUGUCUCUUUUAUGCCGCCGGAUUUUUUUCCCUCUUCACUCGUCACCCUCUUCUCUGCUUCCGCGGCGGCAUCGGCAUGAAAUUUCCAUUGGCGGGAAUGAUGGGCGUCGUCUCAUACUUAUCGCAUGAGUUCCUCAAUCUUCCUCAAUCUUCCUGGCUUGGUCACGCCCUCCAACUCUUCGUUCAAGUGGAGAUUGAGAACAAAAUUCGUGGACGGGCUCACAUCCUUGCGUUGAAAGGGCGAUUAUGUAACGAAUUUUUGCUAACCCAACAGUUCAAUGAUGGAAAAUUUGCAGUAUUCGUCAAGUUACUAAAUCUAUGGUUAAGAAGAGCGGUUGAUCAAGGACCUACAGCCGUUGGGGUAACAGAUGGAAUGCCAUGGAUAGGCAACAACCCUCAAGACCAUCCUGGGAUGAUUCAGGUAUUCUUAGGUCAUAUUGGGGCACUUGACAUUGUUGGAAAUGAACUACCCUGCUUAGUUUAUGUAUCUCGUGAAAAGAGGCCUGGCUUCCAACACCACAAGAGAGCUGGUGCAAUGAAUGCAUUGUCAAUACAAGAAAAGACGUUAGAGGGAAGCACUAGUUCAGAAUCAGAAUGGACAUCCUUUAUCCAAAGUGGGUCUGAAUUCCUUGAAUUUGUGAAUAAGCAUAUUCAGCUGGAGAUGGUAACUGCUAAUUUUAAUUUUAUUUUGAGUAAAAGAUUAGUUAGCAGUAUGUUGAAAUUAUUUACGAGGAGUCAGAGUUAAAGGUGGUUGUAUUUACAGCGAGAUGAAGGUAACAUAUAAGCUGUAGCACAAAUAUUGCAAAGUGUGGAGAAGGCACGCCGGAUGGUUGGAGGAUUAUCUCUUGUAGCCUUCUUGCUAGACCAGAUUGAAGAAAACCGGAGUGAAUACAUUGAACUCUUAAGACAAAUGUUUAAGCUUGCUGGGUAUAUCAGAAGGAUGAGGUAUGAUAUACCACAAGAAGAAAAUAUAUUGAAUGAGGCAAUUAUAUUGAUUGUUGAAGGAUCCAUGAUAUGCGCUUUGCAAAUAAAGUCUAGAAUACUUUUCUGUCAUCAAUCCACCACGAUUAGAUGGAGAAAGAAACCCCAACAUAGCAAAUAACAUUGUCACAAUUGUCAUACCAAUAAACUGUACUCCAGUUCCUACAUAGACACAGAGUAGGCUUGAAUUGGAUGGGGGCCUGAAUACAUCUCCGUGGACCAGUUUCCAUCCUAUUUCUUCUUGCAGUUGUGGGUGUUUAUGGGUUUGUUUGGUGGUUACUCUUCUGUUCGGUUGUACAAGAUGUUCAAAGGUACAGAAUGGAAAACAAACACAAUCAAGACUGCUUUCACAUUCCCUGGCAUUGCUUUUGCCAUUUUCUUUAUACUCAAUGGACUGAUCUGGGGUGAAAAGUCCUCUGGUGCUAUUCCAUUUGGGAUAAUGUUUGCUUUGGUCUUUUUAUGGUUUGGGAUAUCUGUUCCCUUGGUUUUUGUUGGUAGUUACUUUGGCUACAAGAAGCCUGCAAUUGAGGAUCCAGUUAAGACAAGUAAAAUUCCCAGGCAAAUUCCAGAGCAGGCAUGGUACAUGCAACCAGUUUUCUAAAUAUUCAUUGGAGGCACAUUGCCAUUUGGAUCCGUUUUCAUUGAAUUGUUCUUCAUCUUAACCUCCAUCUGGUUACACCAAAUCUACUACAUUUUUGGGUUCCUUUUCAUAGUCUUUGUUAUCCGUAUUGUCACCUGUGCUGAGAUUACAAUAGUCCUCUACUACUUUCGGUUGUGCAGUGAAGACUACCAUUGGUGGUGGAGAGCUUAUCUGACUUCAGGCUCAUCUGCACUGUACCUAUUCUUAUAUGCUACAUUCUAUUUCUUCACUAAGCUGGAGAUCACAAAAGUUAUCUCAGGAAUCCUGUAUUUUAGCUACAUGACAAUUAUCUCAUAUGUGUUCUUCGUAUUGACUGGCAUGAUCGGGUUUUAUGCUUGUUUCCGGUUCCUGCGGACUAUUUAUGCAUCAAUAAAGAUUGACUAAAGCUCCAUAUUGUGGCCAA